GCAUUCUAGGUUUUUUAUGAAGGUUUCUGUAAAAUUUCCUUCCGUAACGGCGUCCCGUUUUCCCUUUCCGGAGUAGGGCUCAAGCUCACAGGUCACAGCUCCUCGCCGCCGCCUUCACCUCCGGCGCCUUCCUCCCUCCACCUCCGCGGCCGCGGCGGAUCUCACGGAGCGGAAGCAGCGGCGGUGGAACGUCUUGACCACCUCCCUGUAGCUGUCAAUUUGGUAGAAAUGAGUAAGCUUGCGAACAUGUUUGCUGUCCUCAAUCUGGACGCCGAGGACGACCGGGUGGAAGUGGAGGAAUUAACAUCCAGCAAAACAGAAGCUGACGCUGCUACAAGAAAGCCUGAGAGAGGUAGCCAGAAUAAAGCAAUGGUUGUAAAUUAUGAUGGAGAAAACCUUGCUUCAUCAUCGAGUGAUUACAAUAUGCCAUUGGUGUGGAUAGACUUGGAAAUGACUGGUCUGGAUAUCACAAAAGAUCGCAUACUGGAGAUUGCUUGCAUUAUAACAGAUGGUAAACUUACCAAACAAAUAGAGGGUCCAGACUUGGUUAUAAGACAGAGUAAGGAACACUUAGAUAACAUGAAUGAAUGGUGUAAAAUCCAUCAUGUGGCAAGUGGACUGGUGGAACAAGUACUAAAUAGUGAGAUUUCAGAGCAUGAUGCAGAGAAACACGUGUUAGACUUUAUUAGGAGGUAUAUAGGUUCAGCUACUCCAUUGAUUGCUGGGAAUUCUGUCUAUAUGGAUUUUCUAUUUUUGAAGAAGUAUAUGCCACAACUUGCAGGCAUAUUCUCUCAUGUGAUAGUUGAUGUGAGCAGUAUAACAGCUUUGUGCAUCCGCUGGUUCCCAAAAGAAAGGAAGGCAGCUCCAAAAAAGGAGAACACCCAUAGGGCGAUGGACGAUAUUAGAGAGAGCAUCAAGGAGCUACAAUACUACAAGGAGAACAUUUUCAAAUCACGGAGAUCUAAGUAGUUAGCCUAUGGUGGUGGAUCGUAUGAGGGCAUCCUCAAUUAAUUGUGUCACAUUCAAUUGGUGGCCUGCUUAGCGAAUUGGGAGAAAAUAACCGUGUUCAAGAGUUUUGGAUUGUAAAUUUUCCAUACUUUGGGGCAGUUGAAAAUUUGGUUUGAUUUAUGUAUGAUUAUUGACCUUUGAUGGAACUAUUUUUUAGGGGACCUUUGAUGGACUUGAUCUGAACACUGUAUCUGGGACUCCGAACUGUCAUUUGACCAUGGUGUAACUGUGGAGUGCAUGUCAUAUUCUCUUUAUCACUGACAAAAUACCGCUCCUCUGUGAGCUUCUAAGA